AUGAAACUCCUUGUGCUGGCUGCUCUGCUCACAGUGUGUGCCGCCGAGGGCGGCAUCGGCACGCGGGCGGUGUGGCAGUUCCGCAACAUGAUCAAGUGCACGAUGCCUGAGAGCGACCCCUUGAAAGAUUACAACAACUACGGCUGCUACUGCGGCCUGGGCGGGUCCGGCACCCCUGUGGACGAACUGGACAAGUGCUGCCAGAUACACGACCGCUGCUACGACCAAGCCAAGAAGCUGGACACCUGCAAAUUCCUCCUGGACAACCCCUACACCAAAAGCUACUCGUACAAAUGCUCCGGCUCAGAGAUCACCUGCAGCAGCAAAAACAAGCCCUGCCAGGCCUUCAUCUGCGAAUGCGACCGCAACGCCGCCAUCUGCUUCUCCAAGGCCCCUUACAACAAGGAGCACAAGAACCUGGACAGCAAGUUCUGUCAGGACUGA